AACUUGUGUCUCUCUCUCUGCAUCUCCGCAUCUGGUGGAUAAUCUCGUUGUGAAUCCGUUAAAUUCAAACAUCGAAAAAAAAAAAAAAAAACGAACAAACUCAAAUACGAUAUAAAACAUACUUUGCCAGGAUUAAAAGUAUGGUUUUAUAGAAAAAUAAAAAAGUGAAGCGAACGAAAACUCAAACGGGAUUAGAAACAAAAUCGAAAACGAAAAUGUUAUGUGAAAUUUCAAAAAUCAAAAUAUUCCACUGAAGAAAGAAAAGCGGAAAAACACUUGACGCAACACCAGUCGCAAAGUGUCGCAAAACUAGUCUUCCGACAAUUGCAAGGCAGCAAAAUUUUGAAAAAAAAAAACUAUUUUUUUGGCGACAAUAACAUUAACAAAAUGAAAAUAUUAAUUUUAAUUUGUUUUGUGUGUGGCAUGUUAAAUGUCUACGCCAUAGAAACGACAAAUAAAGCCAGUAAAAUAACGACAACAAAACAAAUUACCGAUGACACAACAGCAGACGUUGCUGCACCAGCAACUGUUGCCAAAGAAUCGGCAACAAAUGAAUCUACCAAAGAUAAGAGACAAACAAAAGACACUAAAGAUGGCUAUGCAAAUCACCGAACGGAUGGCAUUACAAGCAGCGGUGGUAGUGGUGGCAGUAGCAGCAACAGUCGCUCCAGUACAAAUUCCGAUGAUCCAGAAGAUCCACAAGAGACCAUUUAUGGUACAGAUGGUAGACAAUUUUUAAUACGACCACAGUCACAGCACCAGCAACAACAACAACAACAGCUGCAGAGCGACGAGGAGCAACAACAGGAGCAGCAGCAGCAUCAACAGCAUCAGCCACGACAUCAAUUGAGAAAUUACCCGGUAACCAUACGGCCACAUAGUUCACAGCUACUGGAACAAAGUCAAGAGAUCCAACAUUAUGCCUAUCUUCAAGACUUAAAUCGACAGCAACAACAACAACAGCAGCAGCAUAAGUCACAAAACCAUGGUAAAUCUCGAGCUGCCCACAAUAAAAAAUCAUCGGCGCGUAAUCAUCAAUCCGAAUCGGCUGCAAAUAGCCAGGUAGAAGAAGCCGAACAACGUUACUCGGUGGCAGUGGAGCAACCGGUACCAGCUCAUUUGCAUCCACGAGGACAAGUCUAUAGACCACAAAUUCCCUACAACGUUGCAUUGCAACAACAGCAACAACAACAAGGGAAUAAUGGGGCGGCCAAUCAACCAUAUCAAAUUAUACCCGAAGAGCAAUUUUUAAAACUUUUAGAAGAAGAACUUCAAGCGCGGGCAUAUCAUGAAGAUCAAGUUAGACGCCAGCAGCAACAACAACAUGCACAGGCACAAGCCCAAGCUCAGUCACAAGCUCAAGCCCAUGCUCAACAAAAAGCCCCUCAACAAUCCCAAGGCCUUGGUCAUUAUCGUCAACGUGUGGAAGCGUCUGAGGAUGAGCAACAACUACCCCCCGAAUACGUACAAUAUCAAAUACCACGAUCACGAGGUGGCCCAAAAUAUCUGCCACUUCCCCAAAAUCCUUUACAGGAACAACGACAUCAGCAACUAUUGCUCGAACAGGAGGCUGCUGCAUCACCACAACCUCCUGCACCGCCAUCUCUACCCCCUCAAAUUGCCUACUAUCGACCCCAAAUUAAUUACAAAACACUGGCCAAUCAUCCGCUGGCAAAAUCUUCACUGGAAAAGGAGAUCGAAAAUCUUUUUGCCUCGAACAAAGCCCAUGUGUCCCCGGUUCAGAUAGUGGACAACUCGAACGAGCCAUCCGUGCUCAUUAAUCAUCCCCAGCACCGACAUACGGCUGCGCCCCCACCUCCAGCACCGGCACCAACUGCACAAACACAUGCACCACGGCCGAAAGCCUAUGUACCCAGCACGUCUGCACCCAACAGCCUAACCGAUGCCAACAGUCAACCAUUUAUUCCCUCGCUAUUUCGACUUGGUAACUACCCCCAACCUGUUGGUAAUUAUCCAAUACCGCAACAUGUUAUUGAUGCCAAAAAGCUGGGACCGGUGGUUUAUCCGCCAUCUGCCCAACCACCUGUACAAGCGUCGCAAUUUUAUUAUCAAGAGGCUUUGCCCUCACCCCGGCCCAAGGCGGUUCGCCACAAAUACGGUACCAAAUUUUCUACGACACCCACUCCAGUGAAAACUCACCAAAACGAAGUAAAUUAUCCUGCUCCAAGCAAGUAUGCUCAGCCAAUACUGUAUGAGCCCGAGAGGCCUACUCCAUCAACAGCACCGGCCGAACCCACACAUUUCUAUCCCAGUCCACCAGAUCCUCAUCGAAACAUAGCCUCACCACCCACAGCGCCUCCCACCCCAGCUGUUACAACCAAGUAUUCACAUCAAACUCCAUCUGAUUUGCGGCAAUUGCCCCUUCCCGCCUCAUCACCAUCUCAGUCUAGCAUUUAUGUCUCCCAAGGAACAGGUAUUGCCACACCCUCUCGCCCAGUUAAACAAAAAACGAUAGAAGAUUUAAAACAAUUACAUUUGCCCCCACCCGGCGGUAAGCCAUUGACACAAGCCGAAUUCCAGGCCUUGGUCGAUGCAGGCUAUCCUGUAACCGCAGUACCCGUUCCAGUUCCGGUACCCUAUGAACAAUAUGUUAAGGAUCAUCCCGAAUAUCGUAAUCAACCUCCUCCACAACCCCCAGCCCUCCCUGUCAACUAUGAACAACUAAUGCGUUUCGCCCAGCUACAACAACAUCAAGUUCCCCAUCCCCAGUAUAUAAGUGCACAACGGGCCCAUCCACGAUCAUUAUUGGCCCGGCCAUCAGAGCCAUCUGUCAAAAUUAUAUCAUCUCCAUCAGAACCACAAGGAGAAACAGUAUCGGCUAUUGGUGGUGGAAGUGUAACCUAUCUAAGAGCAAUUCCUGAAAACUCAAAACGACGUCCUCGAGAUGAGAGCAACACUAAAGUCUUGGGAGCCAAGGAGGACACAGAAAAACACCCUGUAGAAGACGAUACAGUAGCGGAGAAAACCAACUAGUUAAAAGUAGAACAACAAAAAAACGACAUAAUGUUGAAUUGUAUUUAAAUAAAAAAAAACAUAUUCUAUAUUCUUUAAAACUUAUUUAAUUCCUAAAGUAUUAAACAACCAACGUAGUUAAGAAUUGUAUUUUGUGUUUGUUCUUUUCCUUUUUCAUUAAAUUAUAGUUAUUUUAUAUUUUGUUUACGGAAGCUCCAAUAAUGUUAUUAUUUUUUGUACAAAAUACAAGUACAUAGCGAAAAAAAAUUAAUUAUUAUUUUAUAACACUAAAUUGUAGUUUGGACUUUUAUUUAAUAGAAGUAUUAUUGUUGGAAAUGGACAUAGUAGAAGAAUACAGGUAGAUGCAUCUUCACUUGGGAACAUUGAUCUGUCAAAAAAUAUAAGUAGAUGUUUAUAUGUUUUCUUAUACGACGUCAUUCGGAGGUUAAUUUUUACAAAUUUAAAUGAUUUUUCAUUCAACAUUUUCAAUUCCGAAAUUGGUUUAACAGUUCAUUGUCCCAGCAGCUGUGUCGAUGUGUCUACCUAUAUUCUUCCACCAUGGUAUUGGACCAUAAUAAUCGCUUCUCUGUUGAAACAAUUCUAUUACAAAUGCCAAACAAAUACUGGGUGAGAUAAAAAACUGCAACAAAGUCAAACGCCAUAAUUUUUACAUUUUUUUU